UUCCCCUUCUUUGUUGGUGACUGCAGACUUGAACUGCUGACGAAUUCUUGUAGAAUGCAGCAGGAGGAACAGGCGAGGCUUGGUGCAGCAACUACACAGCUAGUAAACUUGUAGACGUCAAGAAAUCGACUUUCACUCGGCUUAGUUCAUCGCGGUAAACAAUGUAAUGGCUAACAACAUAUGCCAUUGUACAGUGCAUCACUAAAUAUCUUGCUAACUCUUCGCCAAAAGCCGAAAAAACACACAAAACUAUAACACAACGCAAAUUAUUAUUAUCCAGACGUACCGACGUAUAAUUAAACAAAAUGAGACUACUCAUGGCUGUGAUAUUCGUAGUUUCUACAUUUGGAUUUACACAAGGAAUACAAAGAUGUUUCGUGUGUCGGUCCCGUGGAGAAAUGGGAAGCUGUAAGGAUCAGUUCACGUACAAUGCGACGCAAAUUGAGAGCAAAGACGUGAAAGGUGUCGAGAUGAGUCCGUGCGCCUCUGGUUGGUGUGGUAAAAUCGUUGAAACUGAAAGCAAUGCACCUAAAGAAGAAUACGGUGUAGCAACACAAAGAAUAUGCCUCCAACGUGGUCCUUCUGAUGGUGAAGAUCGGUGUGCGUACACAAAAUGGCAAUACCGACCUGUUUUAAUGUGCUUCUGCCGUGGGGACUUGUGUAAUUCCGCCAUUAACGCACAUCCAUCAUGGGCGGCCAUCUUGUUGUCUGUAUCUCUUCUUCUUGCACGAUUAUAUUAUUAGAACCAACAAAUAAAAUAACUCAAUAUAUAUUUAUAGUAAAAAAUAUAAAUAUUGUACCAAUAUAUUACAAAAUACGUUUGUAAAUAGUAAAUAUUUACGUUUAAGUUAGGUUAUGUUAUAAAAUAUUUUAAAUUGAGGUUAAAACGAAUAGCGUUUGGCAUGAUCUCGAUUAAAUGGCGAGCGUAUGCUUAUA